UUUCAUUUGAAAAACACAUCCUGGUCUACAUCUAGAUGUGAGACUAUGACACGUGAUUAUAAACAACUGGCCAGGAGAUAUAAACAGCUGUGAACGACUAUCUAGUACCACACAUUUAUUGGAGAGCUACAGAAAGUGGUUGUAUAACCAUUGUCAGAUCAGGGCGUUCUUCUCGUUCAAUCAACAUGAUGUGGAAGAUUGCAGUAGUGGUCAUUUUUACAGUGGUCAACACAGUUCGUGCAGCUCUGUUCCAGGACGAUGUCCAAGUGGGAGAGUGCGUCUGCAUCAACACCGACAAUGUCAAGGCCAGGCUCGCAGCUGGAUAUAGUCCAGUGGUUCAGGUUUUAGACAGUGGCGCUUGUGGCAAAGUGAACAGUGGUGGUCAGACAGUUGACAGUUAUACCUCGUAUCAGAUACUGUACGCAGGGCAGUUGGUCUGGGUCGCUGGCAACUAUCUGGAUAUACAACCAGAAUCUAUGUGCGCCUCAGCAUGCCCCACCUCAGCAAAGGACAAGGCAUGUACACUCCUGCAGAAAUAUAAUUCUGGCGAUUUGGGUUUAGCAAUGUCCCACCCUUCAGGGAAGCAGGACAACGCCUAUGCCUACAAUAAUAUCAGAGAUAUGUGUAAAGGACUUAGAGCUUCCAGGUCAAACUACUCAUGCAGUGAAUGUAAAACAGGACCAGCCCCUGGAGGUAGCGUCUGCCUAACUGACAAACUGUUAACGUAUCUUAUUACACUGGUCAGCAAGGGCAAGGUCUAUGUCACAGAACUGGCAGGCGCAUGUCACUCAUGUACAUCUAAACAUUAUCUGGGUCAAGCUGUGGAUCUUAGACUCAGCACUCGGUCACAAGAAUACAUCAACACUUGCAAGUUGAUGGGCGGCUUUGGUCAGAACGAAGGAAAUCAUGUCCACUGUCAGUUUAGCUAAUCAAGAUCAUGACAAGACAAGACAAUCCCAGUAAUGAGUCUGUAAUUGUUUCCUUUCAUUAACAUAGGAAAUAAAUCUGUUGUACAAGUUUA